AUGGCUUCUAAACCUCUCUCUCCCCUUCAGAUUUUCGCUUUAAUCCUCACAUUCUCUACCGCCUUUUCCAAAGUAAUUCAAAUUCCAAACCCUGCGCACACCCCACAGUCAGAUGUCGAUUCCCCGGCCCGCGCGCAGCCGAUAAGUGACCAAAAAUCACUACGAGUCGGCGGCGCACGGCCAAUAAGUGACCCGCGCGACCCUAAUGUGGUUAAGGCUGCUGUUUUUGCGGUGGUCGAACACAAUAGGUUGGCCAAAGCUAAUUUGAAAUUUCAAAGCGUAAUUAAUGGCACGGUGCAGGAUUUUGGCGGCCAAAUGUAUCGGCUCGUGAUAUCCGCCUUUGACGGCAGUGACGGUCCCGGGAAUUAUCUUGCUCGUGUUUAUUACAAGCCGUGGCAACAGUUGAAGGUCCUUAUUAGCUUCGAAAAGAGUGUACCUAUUUAA